AAGAGGGAGGACGUGAAACGCUCGCUCUGGGCUCGCUCUCUCUUUACCUGUCCGCGACCCUUGCCGACAUAAGGGGAAACCUCGCGUCACCUAUUCGGUUUUAAGUGUUCAGCACUACGCAGCCACACAUGAGGUGGUUGAUGUGCCUCAAAAGCUGCAGGAAAUCACAUUUAACUAUGAAAUCUAGACGCAAACAUGGUUAGUGACACGUGUAUCACUGUCUUGAGUGGGAAUCUUUUGACGAUGAAAAAGAAAGACUAUGAAGCCCCACUUUAUGUCAUAACCUGAGAACCAGAGGUGUUAGGGAGGUGAACGAAGGAGGAGAUAAGAUCGAGACACCUGGAAAUAAGUCCCUUUGGAAAUUUUAGCAAGUGUGGAACAAGUUGACAGGUGCAGUGAAUCUCGAUCAGAAAAAAAUACUGCUAAUGAACCAAAGUGCUAUGUGUUUGAUAUAGAAACCCACAAGACGAAGCGACGAGGAUUUGGUUCGGUGGUUAUUCCUAUACGCCGCUUCAGCCUCGCUCAUCUGUCGAAGAUGUACAUCACUUGUAACCGACGGGGGCGAAUGGACUGGCACGUUGUAGGAAGAACGUGGCUCUCCUGUGUGCCCUUCUUCCUCCUUGCACUGGCGUUCCUGAGCACGGACGCGGCGGAAAGUGGGGCCGAAGCAGAGAUUCGCUAACCAGCCGUCACCGCAGACCGCCGUGAUCGGGUCGACGGUAGUGCUUCCAUGCCGCAUCAUCAACAAGGUGGGCCAGCUGCAGUGGACCCGGGACGACUUUGGCCUGGGGAACGAACGGGAGCUGUACGCCUUCAAGCGCUACUCCAUGAUUGGCUCCGAUGAGGAAGGAGACUACAGCCUGCGCAUUAGCCCCGUCACGCUCGAGGACGAUUCCUACUUCCAGUGCCAAGUGACAGGCUGGAGGGGGAUCCCGGGGUGUGAGGUCCCAGACAGCCAAACUGACGGUCUACGUGCCCCCAGAACCUCCUGAGAUUACCCAGGGCCCCGUUGUCACCACCACAGGCAGGAGCGGGUGUCCAGCUGACCUGCAUAUCCAAGGGAGGAAAGCCUGCAGCCGAGAUCCAGUGGCUGGACGGCCCAGGGCGGGAGGUGACGGAGGGUUAUAGAGUACUCCACGGAACUCAUGGCAGACGAGCAUCGCCGCAACGCCAAGUCCACUCUGAGCUUCCUGGCGUCGCGCGAGCACCACAACACAGUAUUCACCUGCACAGCCUCCAACCCCGCCCUCCACCAGCCCUUCAGGACACAGGUGCGGCUGGAGGUGAGCUACCCCCCGGAGGUGACCAUCACGCACGACCAGGACGGAUACAUGGAGGGCCAGACAGCCACCCUCACCUGCUCCGCCUCAGCCAACCCUUCCGUCAUGACCUACAGGUGGUAUCGCAACGGCCAGCUGGUGGAGGGGAACAAUUCAACCCAGCUGGUGGUGACGAAGGUGACGCGGGACAGUAACCUGGAGGACAUUACCUGCGAGGUGUCCAACGAGGUGGGCACGUCCCGCAAGAUUACCCGCCUCUCCAUACACUAUGGUCCUUCGUUCCGCGUGCCGCCCAGCGACCAGUACGCAGAGGUCGGGGAAAACGUGACCUUGAGCUGCCAGGUGGACUCCAUGCCAGAUCCAACAAUCGUGUGGAUCAACCAGCAGACCCAGACUGUGGCGGGGACAGGCUCGGAGCUUCGCGUCUCCGUAUCAAGAGCCAGCGUAGGCGUGUACCAGUGCAUCGCCAAGGUGGAGGGCUUCCCGGAGAUAUCAGACACCGUUGGAGUGUUUCUCAAGGGUCCGCCGCAGGUGCGUUCCGAGAGGAUCCAGUGGGGGAAGAUGGGGGAAACCGUGCUGGUGGAGUGCCUCAUCACCUCCGCCUCCACCCGCUCCGUCACCGUCACCUGGACCCCACAACGGACAGGAGGUCGACUUAGAGGAAGGCCGCUUUGAGGUGACGGAAGACGUAACGGCCCAGGGCUUGCGUCACACCCUGAUGGUGCACAAGGCUCAAGCUAAAGACUUUGGACCCGUACAACUGUUCCGUCCAGAAUGCCUAUGGGUCUGACGUCUUCGAAA